AUGCCACUCCCUACCAGCAGCGAGGAAUGGAAAGACCGCGGUGCUGCCAUUGGCGUCAGGAGAGAGACGGACGCGAAUGGGAAGACAGUCAUUCGACACGUCAAAAAAGGAGUUAGGGACUUCAGUUUUGGUCGAGUGCUCGGCGAAGGCUCGUACAGUACGGUCUAUUUAGCCACUGAUCGACAGACGCUCAAAGAGUAUGCCAUCAAAGUUCUGGAAAAGAAGCAUAUCAUCAAGGAAAAGAAGAUCAAGUAUGUCAACAUCGAGAAGAACACCCUGAACCGCCUCACGGAACACCCAGGCAUUGUGCGCCUUUACUACACAUUUCAAGACGAAGCAUCACUGUACUAUGUCCUCGAUCUCUGCAACGGUGGCGAGCUCCUCGGUGUUCUCAAAAAGACGGGCACAUUCGAUGUGGAGUGCACACGUUUUUACGGUGCGCAGAUAUUGGAUGCAAUUGACUACAUGCACUCAAGAGGGGUUAUUCACCGAGACUUGAAGCCCGAAAACGUUCUCUUGGAUGACCACAUGCAUGUCAAGAUCACCGAUUUUGGGACAGCCAAACUGCUAAAGGAUCCCAGAGAGUCACAGAUCGCAGGUGAGGGAGCAAGGGGUCUUCCUGAAAGCAGCCGUGGCGACAUCGAGGAUGAUGGCCGGGCAGCAUCGUUCGUAGGAACCGCCGAGUAUGUGAGCCCUGAACUUUUGACGAGCAAAAAUGCUUGCAAGGCGAGCGAUCUCUGGGCUUUCGGAUGCAUAGUAUACCAGCUGCUGGCCGGCAGGCCACCGUUCAAGGCGGGCACGGAAUACCUCACAUUCCAGAAGAUUGUUAAUCUCGAGUACGAUUUCCCCAGUGGAUUUCCCCCGGCAGCACGGGACUUGGUGGAAAGGUGCUUGGUGCUUGACCCAGCCCGGCGUCUUACAGUGGAGCAUAUCAAGAACCACGAAUUCUUUGACGGUCAACAGUUCGGCAAGGGACUGUGGAGAACCAAAGCUCCGCGACUGCGACCUUAUAACCCCGCGCCACAGGAACCGAAUUUGAUUCAGCUUAAUGCCGCCGGCUCAGAGCUCUACUGCGAAUGGUGGUUGUCGUCCAGCCAGGAUUAUAACCGAGCUACCUCCUCCAACUCAGCUGGAUAUCGAAUGGUCCCCUAUCUUGACACGGAACAAUGA